AUGACGUCUGCUAUUGGAAGUGCCAUUCUCAGUAUUAAGCCUUUACCUCCAGGCCCGAUGCCGACCCUGGAUCCCUUCUUGUUCUGCGUCUACCACAAGGAUCAAUACCCACCAGGCAAUGCAAACAUGGAGGCGCCGCGGAUGGGCGACGGCUCUGACUUUGAUCCAAAGGCCGCGUAUCGUAUGUACCACGGUGAAACUGUGCCGGGAUUUCCGCAGCAUCCGCAUCGCGGCUUUGAAACUAUCACGGCCACGAUCGACGGCAUUAUCGACCACGCCGACAGCGUGGGCAACGCGGGACGAUACGGUAUGGGUGAUGUCCAAUGGAUGACGGCGGGGAAAGGAUGUGUCCACUCGGAAAUGUUCCCCUUGAUUGAACAAAACCGUGACAAUCCGAUGAGAUUUUUCCAAAUUUGGCUUAAUUUACCGUCUCGAAACAAAAUGGUAGAUCCCGGCUUUGCCAUGUUUUGGGCCGACAGUGUUCCUAAGUACAUCUCCGACGAUGAAAAAAGCUCCGUCACGGUAUGGGCUGGUAGCUACUUUGGCGUCAAAUCCAACAACCCACCUCCGAGCGCAAGCUGGGCCAGCGAUCCGCGGAACGAUGUGGCCGUGUUGCAUAUGACUCUGCAACCGGGUGGCAAACUUACUCUACCUGUCGCUCGAGGCGGUCCAGAAAUUAAUCGGAGUCUAUUCUACAUUGAAGGGGAUUCGAACGCAGUCAAGGUGGAUGGCCGAGAAAUCGCUCAACAGGUCGUUAUCCAUGUCAAGGCCGACCGUGACCUUCAACUGGAAAUAUCCGAGUCGGCUAAGACUCCAGGACAAUUUCUGAUGUUGCAAGGACGACCCAUCAAUGAGCCUGUAGCGCAGCAUGGUCCAUUCGUUAUGAAUUCGCGUGCCGAAAUUCAACAAGCUUUCGAAGACUAUCAAAGAACGCAGUUUGGAGGAUGGCCGUGGCCACGAGAUGAUAUGGUAUUUGCUAAAGAGAAGUCACGAUUCGCCAAGCUCAAUGGAACGGAAACGUUUCCAGCAGACGCGACAUGCUCGCUCCGCAACAAUUGA